CUGCAGAGAAGCUAGAAGAAGAUAAAGUGAGCGAAACUCAAACAAAGCCGUUGGUGUUUAAGGUGCAGAGAUUCAGUUUUUUCUUUUUUUUAUUGCUUAAAUAGUGAAUAUAAUAUAUUUAACGUAACCGCUGCGUUAGUGUGUAGUUAACUGUAGCAGCUACAUAACGUAAAUAUAGCAUUAACUGCAGUUUAGCGGCACUUUAGGACAGCGAGGCUAGCAAUGAGUGCUGGCCGGGUUGUGGCUUCAAAAACCGGCAGGAUGAAAACUUCGGUCGGCCGGCCACAGGAGCACCGAGCCUCCAACAAGGUGCUGGCUGAGAGGAACCCGGCGGUGGUGGCGGUGGGAGCCUGGGUGGAAGGCGGACAGGACUUCCUGGAGCACCCGACUACUCUUGCUUUGGUAACGGAGGAGCUCCAGGCGGAGAAGAGGAGGGAGAAUGAAGAGAGCCUUCGACGAUUUCAGGAUGAAGUCCGCCACCGUGUGGCUCAGCGAGCUCAAGUCUUCAAGAAAAGACAGCAGCCUCUCACAGAUCCAGUGGUGACGCCUGACAGCAGCUCCCCACAACAACAUUAUCAGGUGUGGACUCACCCAGUGUCUGCUGGAGAGAAGCUGAGGUCUGCCAGAGCUGCUGCACAGAACAGAGUGAUGGAGAGGAGCUCUCAGGAGCCGAGCGGAGGCAUGAGGCAGGUCAGACUCAGACUGGCCGCCUGUCGGAUGAUCCCACACGAGGAAACGACUUCAGAGCUUCCUGGAGGCAGAUGGAACGUCUCUCCUACCAGACAUAAAGCUGAAUCUCAUGAGGAAGGUCUGGAGGAGGGAGAAGGAGAUGAUCCUCUGUUCUCCAGUCAGCAUGAAUGUCCUCUUGUUCAGCAGAAGGUAAUUGGACACGCUUCAUGGAGUCCUGACAGAUUUCAUCCUGAUCCAGUUUUUAAAUCCAAUCUCGGUGGCGUCCCUCGUGUUCUGUGGCCUCUGAACAACCAAGAAGAAGUGAGAAGACAGCAUCAGUCUCAGUUCCUGAAGCACCGCCGCCUCGUCAUGAGCAACGAGAGAGAGCAAGUGAAGGAGAACAAGCAGCACAGGAAGCACCUGAAGAGGACGGCGAGGAUCAAAGCUGAAAAAGAACAGAUCCGUCUGGAGGAGGAGAGGAGGCUGGAGAGAGAUCGGCAGCUUGCAGAGGCCAGACAGAAGCUGCAGGAGAGAGAGCUGCUGAUCCUGGAGAGACUGAAGCUGGAAGAGGAGGAGAGAGCUGUGGAGCUGCAGAGGAGGAAGAAACAGGAGAAAGGCAAAGUAGCUGCAAGGUUCAUCGAGGCUCUGAGAGCUCAGAUGAAGGAGCGACUCUCUCAGGCGAAGCUGGACCUUCCUCCUCUCUGCUGCUGCGCUUCUUCUUUCUGGGAUUCUCAUCCUGACACCUGCGCCAACAACUGUGUCUUCCACAACAACCCCAAAGCUUACGUCCAGGCGCUACAUUCAGCGAUGGUGAGUUUGGACUGACAGUAAAGGAAGCUGCAGUGGAAGCUACCUGAUAGAGCUGACCAGUUGUCAAACCUAAAAUCAGACGAGAAGGCUGACGCUAAAUCUGUUUCUCUUUGUCCAGGAGAUGUUUAGCUUCCAGACUGAAAUAUUUUAGCGCACAUUCGAUGGUGUGCCAUGAAAUAUUUUAACCCUCGUGUCGUCCUGCAGGUCAAAAUGACCCGUUUUAAAGUUUGAAAAUGUGGAGAAAAAAAAUUUCACAGUGAAACUUCUAAUGUCCACAUUUGCAACAUUUUUGGGAAAUCUUUGAACAUUUUUUGGUGGAAAAAAGAAAUGCCAAAAAAAAUGUUUCUUAAGAACAUUUACAAAAAAAUCAACCAAAAUCCAGCGAAUUUUGCUGUAUUUUGGUUGAUUUUUAUGUGAAUGUUCUUAAAGAAAAUAUUGGAAGUUUUACUGAUAUAUGUGGAAUCACUUUAGAUAUUUUUAGGAUUUUUUUGGAAGAUUUUUACAAAUUAUUUUUUUUAAACAUUUACAAGAAUUUUCUUGCCAAAUUUGGGGGAUUUUUUUUAAAAUAAAACUUUUAAGGAAUUAUUGGAAUUUUUUUCCUGAAGGUUUUGGAAAUUUUCAGAAAUUUGGGGAAUUUUUUUGCAGAAUUUUUGGAUUUUUUUUUUUUCAGACAAGGAAACUAAAUUUGUUGGUGCCCGUAAAUGAAGACAACAGGAGGGUUAAAGAAACCUGACGUUAAAUCCAUAUUAUGUAUACAUGCUAGCAGGAGGACCAGAUUUAGCUUCUCUUGUGAAAUAUCUCAGCUGCACAGUUUAAUACAGACGCUGAUGAUGUGUCCUCAUGAUGUUGGUGCCUUUAUUAGGUCAGUUUCACUUUACAUUUACGAUUAAAUACGUGACAUUCCCAUCAGUCCUAGCUGACCUUUGUGUAUAGUACUGAUUAACCCGCUACUUUAUACCUGCUAAACAUCAGCUGUGUCUUCACUACAACCUCACAGAGCCUCAAACAUGCCUCUACAUGUUCAAUCUUAUUCUACUGUUUGUGAAGAAUGACCCAUACAACACUGUUUGACCUUUUUUAUCGUAUAUAUUUACCGUUUCAUACAACCUCACAUGAAUUACUGUGUUUAUUUAUUGAUAAUUAAGGACUUUGUGUGUUAGUUUACUCUGUACGUGUGAUUAGGAGAAUUAAUUUACAUGAGUUUUGAACCAUCAGGUGCAUGUGUGAAUUAGAAAAUGUGCCGCACUGCUGUCGGUCAUGUUGACCUGUUUCAGGGAUGUUUGACAAAAAUAAUAAAUUAAGAGACAAAAA